UGUGAUUGGCUGAUUUUUCAUAGUGAGAAGCCUGACCAGGAAGCACUGCAUUCAUGCACGGGAUGUUUCACGUUACCCUGACUGCAUCGUUAGAUUUAGAAAAACUACAGCAAAGGAUAACUUUAUGAAGCUGUCCCCUGACAUGGUUUAUAUCAGUGAAGAAGGUUUCACACCCUGUUCCUGUGGUAACUCUUUCAGAUCUGAUGUCCGCAGAACGCAUAAAAUAUGUAUGGUCUCUGACUUUUUUUAUCCAAACAUGGGAGGAGUGGAAAGUCAUAUCUAUCAGCUAUCACAGUGCCUGAUUGAGAGAGGACACAAAGUUAUAAUUGUCACUCAUGCCUAUGGGGACAGGAAAGGCAUUCGUUAUCUAACUAAGGGGCUUAAAGUAUAUUAUUUACCUCUUACUGUUAUGUACAACCAGUCUACGGCAACAACUCUUUUGCAUAGUCUUCCUCUUCUCAGGUACAUAUUUGUGAGGGAAAGAGUCUCAAUUAUCCACUCACAUAGCUCUUUCUCCUCUAUGGCCCAUGAUGCCCUCUUUCAUGCAAAGACUAUGGGCCUUCAUACAGUGUUUACAGAUCAUUCUCUCUUUGGGUUUGCUGAUGUCAGCUCUGUUCUUACCAAUAAACUUCUUACUGUGUCUCUUUGUGACACGAACCACAUUAUAUGUGUCUCUUACACCAGCAAGGAAAACACUGUGCUCCGUGCUGCCCUUGAUCCUGAAAUUGUAUCAGUAAUUCCAAAUGCUGUUGACCCUACCGACUUUACUCCAGACCCUACCAAAAGGCUUGAGAAUAAGAUUACUAUUGUGGUGGUCAGCAGACUUGUUUACAGAAAAGGCAUUGACUUAUUGGGUGGUAUUAUUCCUGAAAUGUGCCAGAAAUAUCCCAAUUUGCAUUUUAUCAUCGGUGGUGAAGGGCCCAAACGAAUAAUCUUAGAAGAGGUUCGGGAGCGGUACCAACUCCAUGACAGAGUGAGACUCUUAGGUGCGCUUGAACAUCAGCAAGUGAGGAACGUUCUAGUGGAAGGAGACAUUUUUCUGAACACCUCUCUGACAGAAGCUUUCUGUAUGGCUAUUGUUGAAGCUGCUAGUUGUGGAUUGCAGGUGGUGAGUACCCGAGUGGGAGGCAUUCCUGAGGUGCUGCCAGAAGACUUCAUCAUCCUUUGUAAACCAUCUGUGAAGUCUCUGUGUGCUGGUUUAGAGGAAGCUAUUGAUAAGUUGUAUUCAGGAACGUUACCAAGUCCUGAAACCAUCCACAGGAAAGUAAGGACAUUUUAUACAUGGAGGGACGUUGCCGAAAGAACAGAAAAAGUUUAUGAUCGAGUGGUCCAUGAAACUGUCAUACCAUUGGACAAGAAGCUAGAGCGGCUUGUGACACACUGCGGUGUGGUUACUGGCUGUAUUUUUGCACUGUUUGCUGUUGUAAGUUUAUUAUUCCUCAGUUUUUUGAGAUGGAUAACGCCAGAUUCUUUGAUUGACAUUGCUGUAGAUGCCACAGGACCAGGAGGCGCGUGGCCAAACCAGUGUUCUGUUAACAAAGAAGAAAGACGGUCACACACACCCAGUUAAAAGGGAAACUUGCACCGUGUUGUAGGAAAACUACCAAUACAGCUCAGGAUGACAUUUUUAUAAACAGUAUUUUCCAGAACGCACUAUCGCCUACAGAAAAACCUUUUUUUAUGAUUUGCAACCUUUUUCUGCUAUGUUUCUUCAUGCACUCCACUGAUUAUAAGACUGAUAUCCUCAUGUUAACUCUCGCCAUCCUGAGAAUUUGUCUGUAUAACGAUAGUUACAAUGGUACAUUGGUGCACUGAUGCUCCGUUGCUACAAACAAGAACCAUGGUGUUUGACCAAAUGGCACAGUUUACAAACUAGAAUUGUUUUUUAUAUAGAAAAUAAUCAAAUAGACUGAGAACUGGGUAUUAAAUUGCCUAAAAGCAACAACUCCUACUUUUGUUACUAUGAAUUAUAGUAUUCUAUAACGGAUCUGCACCUAAAUGCUCUGCUAUGUCUUAAAGGGAUAUGAAACCCAAUGAUUCAGCUAGAGCUUGCAACUUUCUAAUUUACUCCUAUUAUCAAUUUUUCUUCGUUCUCUUGAGAGGGGGGGGGAUUCAUAUCCCUUUAAGGAGAUAGUUUACACUAAAUGUUUCUCCCCUUUAAUUUGUUUCCAAUAAUCCAUUGCAUUGUAGUGUAUUAAAUUGUUUACAAAUAUCUCGGCAUUACACAACCCGCAGAAAAAAUUACACUACCAGUGGGCAGUGGAAGAGAUAAAGUGUAAUUUUCAUUUUUAA